AUGAACCUUAUCGUAGACGCAGUCAAAGCUUUUGGAGGAGAUGUACGCAAGACUUACAACGAGUUUCUCUCGCUUCUCAGGGCUGCUGGUCUCACCGAGUCUUCGAUUGAAGAACGAUCACGCAAUCAUUUUCCAUCCUCUAUGAUGUCUAUUCUCGACUUAUCAUCAAAAGAUAUUUUGCAUGCCUCCAAUAUGAUUCUGGAGCUUUGGUGGAGCAAAGGAUUUAACACUCGGAACAGUAUAUUGCUAUUCAAUAACCGUCUAAUUAUUGACUCUCCGACCUCGAACAUCCUUAUCUAUCUACAUGUUCUUCGACGCCAUUUCUAUAGUCAUGACGUGAUAAACACACUUCAGUCGAUUUCAGCUUUCUGUCCUGAUCAAUACCCAUUCGAGGUACUGACGGGUGACGCGCUAUGGGUAGCCGCAUGCUGUCCUGACCCAAUACCCGGAGCCACACUGUUCUAUCAUGCCGCCGUGUUGAUACAACAAUUCACUAUGUGGUACAGCCUGCCAGAUAUAUCAACGUAUCGCAAGCUUAUUACUCCGAGACAAAACCCCAUGUUUCCACAUUGGGCGUUGAUGGAACAAUAUAAUUAUAGCCUUGCUCAAAUUGAGGAUGUCAACCAGAUACUCCAAGCAAUUUUUCCGCCCGCCCUAGUCGAGGAAGGAUACCACUGGAUAUGGCUCAUGCUCGACGAUUUCGACAUCGAAUUCACGAAAGCGGACGCUGCUUACGUAUCAGCGACCUUCCCAGAGUUAACGCCUAGGGAGAGAAUUGCCAAGAUCAAAGCUAUCCACCGACGUCGUGGUCUGACAAAUAUGAAGUACACAUGGUAA